AUGGAAUCCGCUGCUACAAACCCAGAGAUGAUCCACGUUGUCUGCAAGGCCGACAACCGACAACACGCUGUGGUGAAUGUUCCUCCGUCAGUAGACCAAAAGCUGCCUUCCUUGUCGCUCCGUGCGCGACCAAUCCUUCUAGGAUUAACUUCCAACAACCUCACGUACGCCCGUGGAGGAGAUCUACUGCAUUGGUGGAAAACGUACCCGGUACCACCUACCGCGCCAGCCCCAUACAACGAUCAGUCUUCCUGGGGCAUCGUCCCGGCAUGGGGAUACGCCACUGUCACCGAGAGCAAUGUACCUGGAAUCCCGCCAGAUACCCAACUCUGGGGAUACUGGCCUACCUCAACGUCGCGCACUCUCCUGCGCUUGGAACCUAGCGAGCCUGAAGGACACUGGGUGGAGGUCAGCAGCCACAGACAACAGCUGAUGCCCAUAUACAAUCGCUACGAACAGGUACCCUCUGAUGAAGAUAAAAAGCCGGACGACAAGGCGUGGGGUGCCCUCUUUCGAGGGAUCUGGGUCGCCGGAUACCUGCUGAGUGAGUAUGUGUUUCCUCCUGACCCGCGAACACGCGAACCAGUCCACCCGCUUGGCGCGGCCAGCAGGCUCCCCUGGUCCGUGGACGACGCGGAUCUCUCGUCUGCUGUUGUAGUGGUUCUGGGUGCGUCGACCAAGACUGCGCGCUCUUUCUCGUGGUGUCUCUUCGAUCGACCCAGGCCGAGUGGACCGCUGGGAUUCGUACAGGUCACUUCGUCGCCUGGUGUUUUGCAGAAGGUAGCAGAUAGCAAAGGCUGGGGAGAUGUGUCCAUGGCAGUUGCAUAUACAGAAAUUGACCAGGCAACCGAGUGGAUUGAGACUCUACAGCCAUCAACGGUGGUGAUUAUAGAUUGCGGGGCGCGGGAGAAUGUCCUCAGCCAGAUAUGCCAGCAUCUUCAACAGUCCGCGCUCCGGUCAUGCAAGACUGUUAUUCUGCAGGUGGGCAGUCAACAGAAGGUGUACACAGCGGAGGAAGUCCAGGCAGCUCGUGCAGCUAUGCAGUCAAUGGGGAAGAUCCAAUACAACACCUCUGGUGCCCAGGACACAAUCAUCAACCGGGAGGGGGCCGCAACAUAUUUCGGAAAGGUCUCGUGCAGGUGGAAGGAAUGGUUAGCGGACCGUGCCUCCGCAAUCCCUGACAUACAGUUAGUCUGGGGAGAAGGCAUUGCUGGCGAUAAUGGAAUCUACGGUGGAUGGGAACGACUUGCAAAUGGGGAAGUGCGCCCUAAAGAGGGAUUGGUUUAUGCUCUGUAG